AUGCCCUUUAAGUUCAAGAAGGUUGACCUUCCGUUCUUCUCUAGAAACACUCCCCCCUCUGAUAACUCAAUCGCAACACAACAAUACUCGACUACUGCGUUGAAUGUGCAGACAAAAAAUAGACGACACACUAUCAGUAACGCAAGUCCGUAUAUAACUUCACCCACACAGUAUUCUGUAAUGAGACAUUCAUGGUACAAGACAAUGGCCACUAAGCUCAACUGUACUUUGCCUCGACGAUGGAAAGUAAAAGCAGACGAAACCUCGUCACUGUUUAGUAUCGCAAAACGGCAAAGCCUUAGCGAAACUGGUAGUGAGCCAGCAGUUAAUUUAGUAAAUAACGAAGACAAUGUCAGCGUCGACGUAAAUGAAUUUGAUGCCAUAGAAUCAAACAGUCAAGAUAAUGCGUCUUCGUUAUCAUCGACUUCCAGAAGAGACGGAUUUAUUCACGAAGAGAAAAUAACAACGGAUUUCGUUCAGGACAACGAAAAACCUGAUUUAUAUAUGUACCAGAAUAAUAGAACGGGCAAAGUAUUACCUGUACCAGCAGCACCAAUUAAUUCACCAGUAACAUCUUUAUUUGAACGAUUUGCUAAUAUGCCUCGACAAUACAGCGAGAAACCAGAAGUUCUCGGUAAAGUUGGACGCUUUACUAUUGUUAGGGAACGAGAAGAUUUUGAUAGCACUCUCUUUGACCAGUGUCAUUUGUGA